AUGACUGCUAAAAUUCAUUCUGUCCAUAAAAUGCUAUUAAUGCUGUCUGAAUUUACAUGGCAAACUAAGGAUAUGGCGUUGAGAAAACAUAUUACAUAUACUUUAGCUGAUGCUAAGAAUACAAGAGCUGGAUCUAAAUUAGUUACACUUUUCAUUCAUAGUAAACUAGAUCAGUUGCAAUCACCUCAACGGUCUACAAAUGCAGCUAACGAAAAAUCUGACGCACAUCGUGCAAUGCCCAAACAAAAUUUAUUAGAAGAUGAAACGUCUCCAUACCGUGAAUCAGAUAUGCCACAAUCAUACCAAGAGUCUGCAAUUAAUAGUAAUGGAUCGUCUCCAUACUACGACUUUUUACUUAUUUACAAUAACGAUGAUAAAGAAAUUGCUGAUCCAAUAGUAUCCAAGCUCAAGAAGUUGAAAAUAAAAUGUGUUGGAGAUGGUGGCCCAGGUCAAAGCCUGUUGAUAGAUUCUGGCAAAGAUUUUAUAAAAGCCAAAAGGAUCGUUUUUUUUUUAACCAAAUCUCUGCUAGCAAAAAAUCAAUGGGUAAAGUUACUGGCAGAUCCACAUGCUUAUAAGUUGUUAUUCACAGAGGGGGACCCUUUAAUUGCGAUAUGGUAUGUCGGAAUCGAUGAGAUUCUGAGACGGAUUCCUUUUCUAGCAGGUAGAGUUGGAAUUUCCGGUCAUCAAGGGGCCAACUAUGUUGCAGAAAAGCUGAUUAAGAUAUCAAGAGACAACAAUGUGUAUGAUGUAGAUUUAGAAGCCAUGAAAUACUUAGAGAGCGAAGCAAAGAUUAUAUAUGAGGAUAUCUACGGGAUUUUAAGCCCUUCAAUUUCAAGUCCUCCAGUAUCUUCGAUCACUAUCAAUCAGUCGCCAGAAUUUCAUACUGAUGGCAAUAGCCAAACGGAGGGAAAUGUACCGGACGUUGAUCAAGAUAGUAAUUUUUGUGGCGAAAUGGUAAUUUAUAUAGCAGUAUUCGUAAGAUUGCAGCUACUUCAUUUAUUAACACAUUAA